AUGCGCAGGAGAUCAACAUAUAUCACGCACCCCAGUCGUGCUGUCAAUCCAGAUGAUAUCCAAGUCCGACGAAAUCAGCUUCUGCUCGGGGCAUUGAAGGCAGCACGAGAAGAACGCUUGACUGUGGGCCUCGAAGAACUGCCCACAGAGAUAGCCGGAUACUUACGAGAAUGCCAUGAGCUUCACAUUCGGUGGGCACCGGAGCUUCCCUACAACACAACAGCUCCCUUCCUUUCAAGAACAUCUCCUGGUCUACAUGUCCAAUACACCCCUUUGCACGAAGGCCAGGUCGAUCGGCUAUGCAACCUCCUCCACCAGGUAUUUGGCAAACAGCUUCGAUGUGACUCGCCAGAUGCAACCUUCAUCAGCCCUCCUCUGAUAUCCGAACGCUUCGCCCAGACCUCAUCCCUUCAGUACUAUUCUCUUCUGCCUUCGCCAAAGCAUCUUGUUGCUUUUCUAUACCAUACUAUUUGCGUACGAAACGACCUGCAGUGUCUGCACACGGUGUCGCUUCUAAACAUUGCCGAUUCCGUGGACUUUGACUACGACAGUAUUUCCCAUGCUCUCAUCAUCAGUGUUUUCUGGUCAAAGCAGCCUGCAGUAUUCUACGACCCGAUCGGAGAGUUCACGACUCUCGAUGCGUGGAAUCUCGAUGUGCAGUCCAGAAAGGACGACAGGGUUGAGGUCGGUAUUCUCAGUGCGUCUCCAGCAACUGAGCCCUCGGACCUUCAACUAUCAGGCUUCCUUACUGUCGUUGGAGAAGAUGAUCAUCCGAAAGCUACACUUUUCAGUUUUCCAUCCCGGCAUCAUUCCUUUGGUCCGGACCAAGCAAUGUUCCAGAAAUACACCGUUUCGUUUGACGAGCCUACUGGGCUGCACCCGACCUUACGGAUCUCUUUCCCCUCGGCAGUUUCGCUGACUGAACCCACCAAUAAGCCCCCUGGAAGCGUUUGUGCCUUGCAGACCUAUCUAACUCUUCCCUCGCAUAUCUUUGCCGACAAAUAUGCGUUUCUCAGCAACGACCCGCUUUUUCAGAAGUUACAUCACGUCGGCCAAUUGCAUUCGAUUGCAGGCGAGACGGACCUAGAGGCGCCAAAUUACGUCGUCAAGAAAUGGGGUUCGACAAUGCUACUCGAGCUACAGACGCCGAAUGGCAGUGUUGGAGAAACGAGAGCUGCUGGUGGAGUGUGGGAUGUGACCAUACCGCUGCACCUACGCUAUUUGGAACCGAAGAAUGGCAGCUCGUCCGAAGUUGAAAUGCCUUGGCCUAUUGUCUUCUGGGCCUGCACCGCUGACGAUGGCACCAAGUUUCCUGUAAACCCUUUCGACAGAAUUCAUCUUGGCUUUGAAGGACUGUUCGGCCCCAGAACUAUGUUCUACCAUCUGGACCCAGUGCCGACCGAGGGUGCUGCUCCAGGAAGACUAGUAGAGCGCAUCUCCAUCCCAGUCUUGGACCUCAACACUGCAAGCCCGUCAACGAUCGAAUCCCUGACGAUUGUUACAAUUGCUCUCGGGUUUUUGUGGGUUCUGCUGAAGCUGAAGCCCUCUUUUACCGCAGGAUCCACCCACGACGAGCUGGUCCGGAGAGUCAAAAAGACGCAGUGA